CAAACCGUUCAGUCGCGCGCCAACUAUCGUGCGGGUGGGAUUGUUUUUUUGUCUUCCCAAGCUUUUGUUCUAUACACGUAUUUCUAUUUUAUCGCGAGUUCUAUAUAUACGUACACACACACAUACACACACACACACACAUAUAUAUAUAUGUAUAUGUAUAUAUAUAUAUAUAAAACGAUAGUAAUAUAAUCAGUAAUAGUAAUAGUAAUAGUUACUCGAGUGGUAGUAUUGGUAAUCAGUAGUAAUAAUAUUAGAAGAAGAAAGAAAAGAAGAAUCAAAAUAUCAAAACGGAACGUUCGAUAGAGAAAAUAUUCUAUUAACACGUUGGCGCGAGCGAAAAGCCCGCCAUUUCAAAUUGAAAGGAGUAGAGUUAAGAGAAGGAAGAGUAGGUAGAAGAGAAGGAAGAAGAGGAAGAAGAUUAAGAAUCGCGUUGAGAGAGUAGCCGCGCGCCAACGCGGCGACAUUGGCGUACUUCUCUCUGCUUAUCGCUCUCUCUCUCUCUCUUUCUCUCUCUUUCUCUCUCUCUCGCUCUAUCACUCUUUCACUCUCUAUUACUCCAAGUAUUUUUCAUCGGUGAUAACGUGCUAUACUAUAAUAAGCGCGCUUCUCAAGAGCGCCGAGUUUAUCUCUCAUACCGUUCUAUAAUAUCUGUGAUGUGCAAGUGAACGAUGGAAUCACCGGUCAUGUACGAUUCGGGGGCCCAUCAGGCCCAGGUGCAGGGGGCGGCCGAUCCGAAAAAGUCUCAGGUGCUGAACAACAACAAUAAUAACAACACUGCGAAUAAUAAUAACAACAACAAUAACAAUCAUCAAAACAACAACAAUUCUGCCUUACAAGUUAAUCACAAUCACAAUCACAAUCAACAGCAGCAGCAGCAGACUAGCUCGGUCGUGAGCAAGGUGUCGGGAAGCAAAGCGAGUUUGCAUCAACAAUACGCGGAACACUGUGCUGCGGCGGGCGAACUUACGGAUCUGAAUACUCCCGAGAUAUCGCUCGAUCUUCAGCAUCUAAUCGACGACAGUCAUUUCAACGACGGUCUCUUGGACAUGUUAGGUGCGAGCAAUGGUGCCGUAAAGCACGUUAGGACGACCGGCUACCCACGUACUACCCUAGCAUAUAUGCCCCAACCAGUUCACAGUGGGGCGAGUUAUCAUCAGGGAAGUAACAGCUGUAGCGAUAGCAACAGUUCGAGCUCGGAAUCACCUAGCAUUAAAGAGGAACCACUGGACCCAGCGGACUACCGGCGUCACUGCCCUCAAUAUCCACCAGCCGGUUACAGUCCUGUCACAAACGGUCCCUUCGCUAAUGGCGGUCCUACCUUCACAACGUUAACACCGAGCACCGUGCCCGGAGGACAUCCUGGUGCACCGGUUCACCAACCACCACCUAGAGCUGGACAAACCGCCGGCCAAACUGCCGGUGGACCUAUCAAACCGGUAAUGGCCCAUCAGCAUCAUGCGGCUGCUGCAGCAGCCGCAGCAGCAGCCGCCGUUGCCAGGAAACAGACCAAGGCCAUCGACAAGGCCAGCGACGAGUAUAGGAGACGACGGGAGAGAAACAACAUUGCCGUGAGAAAAAGUCGCGAAAAAGCGAAGGUACGCUCGCGUGAAACCGAGGAGAAGGUGAAACUCCUCGUCAAGGACAACGAUCUUCUCAAGAAAAGGAUCGAACUUCUGACCGAGGAACUCAACGUCUUACGUUCGCUCUUCAGCAGCGUCGGAGUCGUACCCGAGCAACUUCACCGUGAAAUCUCCAGGCAUCUCGAUCAAUUCCAACAGCACGCCGUCGGACCCAUGUAGCCCUCGCCGCUUGCAUCGAUGAGAGUCUACUAGCCGAGCCUAAGAAAAUAGAAAAAAGAGAGAAGGGGAAAGAACGAGAGAGACAGGGAGAGACAGAGAGAAAGAGAGAGUGUGAGAGAGAGAGAGCGAGAGCGAGAGUGAGAGAGAGAGAGAGAGAGAGAGAGAGGGAAGGGAAGGAGAAAGAAAGAUAAAUAGAAUAUUUUAUCGUUGACGAUGAACGCAAGUGCGACCAGCCACGAGGAAAACACACGUUCUACCACAUGACAUGUCGUUUAAAAUCUUUAGGAUCUUUCUAAAGCCGCCAUCUUUAAAAAGACGUCUCCUCUCUCUCUCUCUCUCUCUCUUUCUCUCUUUUUCCCUCUCUCUCUCUCUCUAUUUCUCUCUCUCUCUCUCUCUCUCUUUUUCUCUCAUUCUUUCUCUUUCUUUCUCCUUCUUUUUCUCCCAUUUUCUAAUUUCUUGCACUUCUCUUCUUAUUUUACGCUCUUUCGCGUCUACUUCAUUCUCAUUUUAUUAUUAUUUGUUUUUCCUUCUUUUUUCUACGAACUCUGCGUAAGACUGGGUGACUCGAACCGCGCGAUUGGUACGACGAACGCCGUCCACCGGAUGGAGAAUUGGGUGGAGGGGAGGCUAAUAAAGUAAUAAUAAUUAAAAUAAUAAUUAUAUAAUAAUAAUAAUAAUAAUAAAAUAAUAAAAUAAUAAUAAAAUAAUAAUAAUAAUGAAAUAAUAAUAAUAAUAAUAUUAAUAAUAAUAAUAAUAAUAAUAAUAAUAAUAAUAAUAUAAUAAUAAUAAUAAUAAUAAUAAUAAUAAUAAUAAUACGAGUUUAGACAAUAUAUCCGAACGCGAUUCCGCGCUUAUCGACCAUACAUCGGAUAUUUUCGGUCGUUAUUCUCUUUUUAUUAGAUACCGUUGAAUUAAACGAACUUAGAAUUUAUUAUUAUAUUUUAUUGCUCUCGUUACCAAGUACCUAAAGAAAGAAAGAAAGAAAGAAAGAAAAUAAAUACAACACGUAUGAAAUGAAGAAAAAAAAUAUAUAAAAAAAAAGAAAAAAAAAACAAAACAAAACGGCAUGCCGAGAUACCAUCAAUUACGAUUCGCAUUCUCUAUUUUGAUUGUUUCUUUUUUGUUCAUGCUCUCAUCGAACGGGUGAAUCGAAUCGUACUUUUCUUCUCGACUGGAUUGAAAAGUGCCACGGCCGUUCUCGCGAGAUUAGCUGAUAGAGAGAAAGAACGAGAGAGAGAGAGAGAGAGAGAGAGAGAGAGAGAGGAGAGAGAGAGAGAGAGAGAGAGAGAGAGAGAGAGAGGGAGAGAGAGAGAGAGAGAGAGAGACAGAAAUGUUACUCUCGCGGCGCGUUUACCGCGCGGGCCCGACCACUCUUCUACACGUCCCUUGUAUUAUAUAGCUCUUAUUAAUUUUAUUAUUAUUCGAAGAUGUAUAUACACACACAUAAAAGCUAAUAUAUUUUGUUAGAAUGAGAGCGAAAGAAUAAAUCUAUGAUUCUUGUGUGUGUGUGUGUGUGUGUGUGUCUGUGUAUAUGUCUGUGUGUAUCUGUGUUUUGUGUGUUCGUGGAAUGUACAAGGACGAAAAACGCGCAAGCAUAUGCGUCAAAAAACAAUUGUCUAAUUGAUGUAAAGUAAAUCGAACUUUAAUAUGGCAGAUUAAGAGUAUGCAUGAAUUAUUGUGUGUGUAUGUGUAUGCAAAAAAAGAAAGAAAGAAAGAGAGAAAGAGAAAGAGAGAGAAUUAUGUGGAGAAAAAUCGCGCAGACGUUACCUGGCUUCGGCCUAGCCGAUUCCUUAUAUUUUCAGUUACCAUGUAUAAUGUUAAAAAAAAAAAAAAGAAAAAACGCGUGAAGCGGGCUUCAUUUUAUGUUAUUUUUUUCUUCUUCUCUUAAAUCAUCGCGUUCUAUCGCGUAUACGAGAAGACGUCUGAAUCACGUUCUGUACAUCUCUACUACGUCGUGAGAGAUUCAGGAUAAAGAGAUGCGUCUCUCCGUUCCUCAAUGAGAUAUACACACAGACAAAUAUACACACAUGCAACACUGAGAAACAUGUAAUAUUUUGCGAAGAUGUUAUAAUAAUAUAUGUUAAUACACACAAACAUAUAUAUGUAUAUAUAUAUGUAUUAAUAUAUAUGUAUCUUAACAUAUAUAUAUAUAUAUAUAUAUAUAUAUAUAUAUAUAUAUAUACAUACAUAUAUAUGUAUGCUACAAAGAACAAAAGAAACCCAGAAUGUGUGAGAAACAACACGACGCAUAAAUGUUACAUACACACAUACACACGUAUUACACACGCAUCGAGAAAAAAAAAUUUUUUAACGCACACGAGCGCGCACGAGUGUGAAUGUCAUAUGUGCACGCGUGACUUGGCGUAUGACUGAUAUAUGUUAGUUACGAGAUUACCUGUCACGGUUGUCUUCUUGACUAUGCACAAAUAUAUUUUGAUAUAAAACAUA